AUGUCUACCGUUGCUACGUUGUCUGUAAGUGAAAAGGAAUUUACUAGUAAGUUUCUUACUUUGGCAACACUUAAUGAACCCGUUUUACCAUCAAACUACCAAAAACCGUUGAAAGAUGUUAGUGCUUUAGGAGUUGCAUUACCUGCAUUGAAAUAUAGAUAUAACCCAAAGAGAGCCAAGAAGAACCUAGAAAACUCAUCUUUGGUUAAUGAUCAAGCUAAUGGUGAAGUGUCCUUAGUUUUGAAAAGUAUUAGAAAUCCAAAAUUCGUAUUGACUCAAACUUUCCAAACAAGUGAUACCAUUUUACAAAUUAAAGAAUUCUUAUUAAAUGAAAAGAAAGUAGAACAAUUAGGUCAAUUGAAACUGUUAUUGAAAGGGAAAGUUCUUCAUGAUAAUAUCCUUCUAUUGGAACUUGACAGUUCAAGUGACAUUGUAAUAAAUGUGAUCAUUUCUGCGCCUAAACCAAUCACAGAGACAACUCUAGAUAACGGAGAUAAUGAACCUGUACAAGAAUCCAUUGCAGACUUAGAAAAUGUAACUUUACCUUGGAACGAUAUAGAAACUUUAUUAAAUUCUAAGCUCAACAACCCUGAAGAAGUCAAUUUUGCCAUGGAUAGAUUAAAGAAAGGUUGGAAUUUGGCAAAAUAG